AUGACCACCGUCAAUGUGGAGGUCGGUACCGGUCAUCCGGGUACUGCCACCAGCGAGAAUGUACACGGUGGGUCCCAAAUUCCUCGGACGCCCCAAGGCGACCGUGAAGGGCACCGCGCAUCCAAGUCUCCUCUACCUCGGGUCUCUCCUCCAGCAGAGCCUCGGUCACAGCAGUCCGUCUAUAGUCAUUAA